CCUCAACUUUUCGAUAUGGAAUAGUUUUGCUUUCGAUUCAUUUAUCAUUGGAUUUUCGAUAAUCUCUUCAUAGCUGUAUAUUGAGUUGAUGAUGCGGACGACCGAUAAAAGAUUUUAUUUGAAAGUCAUGACUGUUUCAUCACGUGCCGUAAUUGUACACAUAUUAUGUUAUCUCUGUUACCACAUUGCGUAAAAAAAAAGUUUGCAUCUUCAAAUAGGAAAGGAUGAAAAGUACUCGGAAAAUAGUACAGAUACAAAAUGAUAAAGCCCGUUGCAUGAAUUUUUAAAUCCACGUAUGUUUGCCUCGGCGCAGUUGGUUUGAAUUUAAUUCCGGUAGAUAUGGCCGCCCAUUGAACGUACGUUACAGUCGGGUGGUGGAGAGUAGAGCGAUAUUAUUUUAUGCUCUUGUGAGCAAAUUAUGGCAUUGCUCCUUAUCAGAGCCAAAGGAUUGAGCCAAGGAAUUUCUCAGUUGCGUUUCUUCGCACAUCAAGCAACCAUGAAGAUAAAGUGGACAAUCCACCAACCUCAAAUAAUACAUUCGUCAAAUGCAUAGUCAUGACCGUGGCACAUCAAUCUUGCUGAUCGCACAUACAUGAGAAGGGAUUAGUGCUUGGAGUAUACGAGGCGGAAAGCCAGGAUGGUGUAACAUUGACCCCUACUGCUGUCAAAUACAACGAGCUUGUCAAUGGAAAGUUACUAGAAAGCAUUUCUCUGGAGGGGUAGGCUGUGUUGGCGGGUAUACAAAAAUAAGCAACUCCGAUUCGUUAUCCGAUCCAGAAUUUAAGAUAUUUCGAUACCUGAUUGGCACUUCAUGAUAUCUUGGAUUUCCCUCCAAUAUUUUAUAAUACGUCGUUCUCCGAAGUAUUGUAACAUCACUUGAGUACACUGCAAGAAAUUUCGAACAGCGUAUGUUCAGCAGAAUUUCCCUCUGAACAUAUUAUUAGCUGCCUGAUUCUAAAAAAUAGAACAAUGUCUGCCAGCGAGAGUGGUGGGCUUGAAAGCGGAAUUGUAAAUCUAGGUUCUGUCACUGAGGGCUCAACAAUGUCUAACAAUCAAAGUGAACGGACGGUUAAACGUUUAUUACAGUCCCCAAACGUCCUUCAUGGGAUUGUUGGUACCCUGGAAGAUAAGAAUAACGAUUACCUAUGCCCAAUAUGUUUUGAGGUAAUAAAUGAAGCACAUAUCACCCGAUGUGGCCAUACAUUUUGUUAUCGAUGCAUUGCAAAUUCACUUGAAGCCAGUGGGCGCUGCCCAAAAUGUAGUUUCACUUUGGGCCAACAGGACAUAUUUCCAAAUUUUUUGUUGAAUGAGUUAGUUUCUAAAUACAGAACACGAAUGAAAGGCUAUACUGAUCUAGGAAUUGGUCGUACCGGCCAUAGAAGUGGAGGAAUUAGUGGACCAGACAUAGAUAUGAUGGCUCCUCUUAGCGAUGGACUGAGAGAUUUUGUUGCAGCAGAGAGUGCCAACUUGACUUUGCCUGAUGUAAAUGUAAUGCUUGAAGUACUUACACAGAGAAAGCACUUGCUUGAGGCAGAAUCGUGUGCAACACAAAAUAAACUGCUGCACGAAUUCCUGAAACAUUUACUUCAGCAAAAAGAGGAACAGCGAAAUCAAUUGGUUAGAGAGGUUGCAUUGAUUAAAAGUGAUAUGGAAGAAGUAGAAAAUAUUUUGAAAGAAGUUCAAAGUAAAUGUCCUCGUGUAGAGGAUUUGAGAAAAUCUAGCGAAACUGAUACAGCCCAAGUAUCCGCCAUCAAAAAAGAGAUGAUUGAAUUGAUCGAUAUCAUAGAUUCUAGCAUGGUCAAAACUGGCGAGCUGAAUCCACCUACGUUGACUAGCAAUGAUAAAGUUGUCAGUGGGGUUGCGCAGAAACAAAAUGAUUCGCAUACUACCUCUGCAUUGGCACUUCGCCGCAAAAGGAUGCACGCACAUUUUGAUGAUUUUGUUCAAUGUUACUUUGAAUCUCGGGCUAAAGAACUACUUUUUGGGCAAUCACAAAAAGCACUACAACAAACAGAAAUGAGCCCUGGCACUAGCUCAGGACUAGAUAUAUUCAGAGAGAAUCUAGUCAAAUUUUCGAGGUAUAAUUCUCUACGGCCACUAGCUACGUUAAAUUAUUCGUCAGACAUAUUCAAUAAUUCUACUAUUGUGUCAAGUAUCGAGUUUGACAAGGACAAUGAAUUUUUUGCAAUUGCUGGGGUAACAAAACGUAUCAAGGUAUUUGAUUAUGGAGCAGUGUUACGCGAUUCUGUCGAUAUUCACUAUCCAUGUGUUGAAAUGGUUUGCAGUUCCAAAAUAUCGUGCGUCUCAUGGAAUUCUUAUCACAAAGGAAUGUUAGCUUCUUCCGAUUAUGAGGGUACAGUGACAGUAUGGGAUGCUUUAACAGGUCAACGUACAAAAGCUUUCCAAGAACAUGAGAAACGGUGCUGGUCCGUUGAUUUUAACGACGUUGACACCAGACUCAUAGCUUCAGGUUCAGAUGAUGCAAAAGUUAAAUUAUGGUCUCUCAAUAUCGACCACUCUGUUGCUUCCCUCGAAGCUAAGGCCAACGUUUGCUGUGUCAAAUUUAAUCCCAAAAGUUCUUGUCAUCUAGCAUUUGGAUCAGCAGAUCACUGUGUACAUUAUUACGAUUUACGGAACAUGAAGGAAGCAUUGUGUGUAUUCAAGGGCCAUCGCAAAGCUGUAUCUUACGUGAAGUUCAUCAAUAAAGAAGAAAUUGUUUCAGCAAGUACGGAUUCACAGUUGAAAAUGUGGAACAUUAACAACCCUCACUGUCUCCGAUCUUUCGUGGGACACGUGAAUGAGAAAAAUUUUGUCGGAUUGGCAACUGAUGGUGAUUAUGUUGCUUGUGGAUCCGAAAAUAAUGCAUUGUACGUUUAUUACAAGGGAUUAUCGAAACAACUAUUUUCAAACAAGUUCGAUGCGGUCAGAAGUGUCUUGGAGCUGCAAGAAAAGAAAGAGGAAGACCUGAAUGAAUUUGUCUCAGCUGUGUGUUGGAGACAAAUGUCUAAUGUAGUAGUAGCAGCAAAUUCUCAGGGCAUUAUUAAAAUCUUGGAGCUUGUUUGAGACAAAAAAAA